GUGCGUGUGCCACUGAAUUCAGUCGACUUCCACUGACACCAACCAAGACAACACACACAAUCCAAGCAACCAACGAAUGGCCCGUCGCUUGUUGAGCACCAUCCGCAUCAUGAGCCAGUACAACCCCGACAACGUCUUCCGCAAGAUCCUGGACGGCCAGAUCCCGUCCCACAAGAUCUUCGAGACAGAGGCAUGCAUCGCCAUUCUGGACGCGUUCCCCAUGGCUCCUGGCCACAGUCUGCUCAUUCCCAAGGGCAACUACACCACCAUCGCGGACAUGCCUGCGGAUGAGGCUGCCGCCUUCCUGAAGGAGGUGCCUCGCCUCACUCGCAUGGUCCAGGGCGCCACCAAAUGUGACUUUGUCCGGAAACACGCGAUUCACCGGAUCAAACAUCCGCGACAGCGAAGCAGACACAUACGCCCGCUCAAACACUUGCAACCUGUGGUGUAG